CUUCGAACUUCUUCACAGUUGUUGGGGUAAAUGAGGGAAAUAGACACAGGAGGCGCGUCAGUCCGUGUCAUGAACUGAAAAACUCUGCACAGUUCCUUAUUUUACGCAGUCAUUUUUGGGACUUUUCGGAGAUGUGUCCAGCGCCCAUCAGCCAGCAGCGGAGAAGCGAAGAGUUUAUACCCGGGAUAGGAGCUUGAGAGAGCGGCGACGUCGAGUGAAUUCAGCCCCAUAUAACGGACUUUAUCAUGGAAGAUAAAGAGGACACAACCCCUAAGACCAGCCCCGGGUUCCAGCAGGGAAAGUCCGGCUGGAUGAAGAAGGCCCACGGUCGAAUCCUGCUGAGCUACAAAGAUCGCUACGUCACCGUGGACAGGACCGAGAUCCUGGUCUAUGAGAACGAGGACCAGAAGAAUUGCCUGGAGCGAGUGGAUUUGGAAAACUACGACAAAUGUCACGAACUGAAGACUGGAUUCAAGAAGAAGCACAGAUUGGUCCUCCUUCGAUCGCCCAAAGCUCAGAACAAGGUCCAUGAUAUGAAGUUUCAGGCUCCGUCCGCUGAGGAGAAAGAAGCCUGGAUCAAAGCUCUGUGUGACGGCAUCAGCCGAGCCAAGAACAAAAUAUUUGAUGAGCUGAAGGUGGACGAGAGCAGCAACUUGGAGCACGUGACUCGUUCCAGACCCAAAGGGAACAGAGGCCGCCGUCCCCCGACUCGCAUUCACAUGAAAGAGGUUGCAGAUGUUUCUUCUGAUGGCAUCCUGCGUUUGGACCUGGAUCUUGAAAACGCCACGAUGCCCAAUGGGACCCAACCAUCUUCUUCUGCUGUGGACGGGGCUGAGAAACAUAAAGAAUCAACCCCCUCUCCGUCCUCCAGUGAAAGGACAGAGGACAAAGCGCUGACCACCAUCAAAGAGGCAGAAGACCAGGAUCAGAGCCAGUCAGAGGAGGAGUCAAAGAAAAAGACUGUGAAGCCACCAGCAUCACCAUCUAAAGAAGUGGAGAAGAGUGAGACGAAAACCCAAGAAACAAGUCCUGAUCCUAAAAAGAAAAUCCCUCCUAUGCCUCCGAACAAACCGUUAUUAUCUAUAAUCACUCCACAAGAACCAUCCCCAGCCAAGACCCCAGCUCACCCUCCCACUCCUCCAAGCAAAACAAAGAAACCAACCGCAUCUACUGAAACCAACCAGGAAGCAACUCAGAAUGGGGAGAAAAAUGAGAACGAAAAAGAUAGUUCUCCAACUCUUGAAAAAAGUCCGAAACUGUCACCUAAACAAGAGGACCGUCCAAAAUCAGGUGUCCAAAACGCAAAUGUUGACGCAGAGGAAUCGAAAGUGGAAACGCCGACAGUGGUAGUGUCUCUAAAUGAUUCGCAAAGUGUUAAUUUGAGUCCGUUGCUUGGUCAUACACAAGGAGACAAUGGGAAGAAAGCCGAGGAGAAGUCUGUAGAUAGUGGACAGCAUUCAGAUGACAAUAGUGAAGAUUCUGCUUGUGAAUAUGUGCAAAUGAGAGAUAGCAACAGCGGGUUAGAUGAGUUGGAUGGUAGGAGUAGUAGCAUAGCAAUUUCGAUCAAUUUAAAACCACAAAAUUCCUCAAAUAAAGGAUAUAUGUCUUGGAUUUCGAAACCACCAUCCCCACUAAAACCUCAAGAGAAAAUCCGAUCGUUUUCAAGCGGGAAUCUUUUAUUGGAUUCCUGUGAUGAUAUCGGUAAGGUAGAUAGGUUUGAAAAUAGGGAAGUAGAUAUGAAGAAAUUAGAAAAUGAGGUUGCUAUGGAGAUGGAGGAUACGAAUGAGCUCCUGAACAGGGCGACGCGAGCACAGACUCUCCCAAAAGGAGAUAAAAAUCCUGAAAAUCUACUGGCUGAAGCGAUGGAGAAGCUGAAGAAGGCCGAUCACGUGCUCAGAGAGGUGAAGAAACUUAAGCUGGCGAAGGAUGAUAGACAUAGGAAAAGCUGGUGAAAAUAUUAAUAGACGUUUAAGAGAUUUUUUUUUUUAUCAAUGGUACAAGCAAAACUCACCAAUAGGCUCAACUCACGCUUAUGUCACAAACCAGGAAGACGUUUGGAAACAUGCUGUGGGUGUGUUGCUUUGGUGCAGAAGGGGUGGGGCUUACGUGGGCAGGUGCACGUGCAUGUCUGUCUGUGGAAGGGUGUAAAAGCGUGCACUUACCUGUUACCUGGUUUUUUGGUUGAAGGUUAGAGCUUUGUAGCCGUAAUUUUUGUUGACAAAAUGUAGCGGCUUCUUAACCAACCUUAUAGCCGCUUGGGACGAUCAGAGUGGGUCCUGGUGUUGUAGUUUUGUAACACACUUAGGAGGCUUUUGGACACUUGUUAUAGCCGUGGUAAUAAAAGUACAGAGCCAGGAAUGCAAUUUAGGUUAUUUAUUUAACAUAAAUGGGCAACAAGUUUGGGGAAGGGAACUGACCAGAAACAAAACAACAAGAACAAACUAAAGGACAGCAGGGACAAUGGUUAACUGUGUCGUAAGCCCCACACAGCUCUCCCGUAUCACACCUCAGUUUUUUAAAAACAGCGUGGUCGCACAGUAUCCUCGGCACAAACGCACACACAUGUGGGUCCAGCAGUCCACCUGGCCGCCCACAGAAACCGACACCUCCCAGGCACACAGCCAACUUCCCCUUAAAUUCUGUCUGUCUGUGGCCAAGCAGCGUCACCCCAUGGUAUCACCCUCUACACACUAAUACGCUGGGAUCCAGAAUGAAUUUUGUAUAUUUACUACCAGACAUAAAGCUAUCACAGCGCAGUAAAGAAGAUGGAGAGAACCAGCUGG